AAUUGCCAAAUCUGCCGCCGGGGACAAUUUCCAAAUCAAACCUCCUCCAUCUUCCCCUUGCCAUUUUAUUCACGAUUAUCACUUCCUGCAUAAGCUCUUAGCCGGUUCCGUUAUCGCAAAUACCAUUCCACUACCGCCCCAGGCUUUCCAACCCCACUCCUUUCUCUGUAAUUCUCCCUAUUUUCGGACUUGAUCCCAGCGACUAGACUCCGCACGUUUUAUCCCGUCGACGUUGUAUUCCUGAAGUCGACGUUUCCCCUUCUGCGCGGGACAACAACAUCCUAAUCCUAAAUAGGGGAAGCUGUUGUUGCGGCUUCCACCGCUUCGAUUCCCAGCCCAGGUAACUAUUCAGGUCAUCCUGCAAGAAAUUGAGUAAUGAAGAUAAAGGAGGGAAAUGCGGGUCUAAUCAUAAACUUCGAGCUACUGCAUUUGCUGAAUUCAAGAGGUGCUGCUAAGGAUACCACCAGAGUGAUGGCUAGUGUGGGACGCUCUGAAUACAAGGUUUAUGAUUAUUUGGUGGGGACAGUUGCCUGCAAUCAAACUAAAGAGCACAUCAAUGAGUUCUUGGAAAAGUCUCAGAAAUUUAAGCUUACCAAAGCUGAGAUUCUGAGCAUCAUCAACACCAGGCCUUCCCAGUUAGUGGAGCUUGACCCGGUUGAUCGUAGAGCAACAAGAACAGCGACCAGAACUUGAUAUGGAAGAACUGUUGGAGUUGAUCUUGCAAGUUUUGCCACCUCCUCCAUCAGAAACAGAACCAGAACCUGAACCAGAACCAGUUGAUGAGGACAACAAUAAAACUGCAGAUGCUGAAAAGAAUGUUCCCGAUGAGUAGACUAACUGUCCAGGGAUCUUGCCUCUCGAUACAUAGACGGAAAGGGUAUCAGUUGAACUGCAUUGUUAUUUUUUUUUUCUCCAGUUGUUGCAACAAGUACAUGUUGCUGAUGUUAGUGAUCGGGUUAGUAUGAUAGAUAACAGCAACAAACCAUGAUCAGUAGGGAUCCAGGCCACUUGUUCUUUUAGUGCAUGCCAUUGCCAGGCUAUAAUAUUACGACGGAAAGCUUUGGACAAUUGUCAAUGUUAUGCUGUAUAAUAUAGCAGAUUAUAAUUGCCUGCAAUGCAGUUGUAGCUUAUUUGAUUUAUUAUCAUCUCUUGGAUUACUUGCCUGUUUGAUAUAGCAGAUGAAAAAAUUAUGCUUUCUUGCGCAGGUUGUUGGAAUUUUUGUA